UAAAAGCUACUUGCAGUGAAAUUACUAAGUAUCUGUUAACAAAUGCAGCUGAUGUUCAAUUCCCACUAGUCUAUGACAGUAUGCCGUGGGCACUCUUGUCAAAUUUAGUUUAUUAACCUCACUGAAAACUAAAGAAGCUUUAUCUGUGUUUUGAAGCAGAAGAUAUCUUAACAGUGAGCAACCUUUCCAAUUAACAGAUAAAUCCCCCUUUUAAAAUGGCGUGUUUCUUCCUGAAUGCUGGUGUCAUUCUUUCUGUGUUUAAUAUAGUCACAGCUGCAGGACAAGUGGUUAUGUAUAGCAGCCUUAAGAGUCUUCAGCUCCCAUUAGCUAGAAUAUUGUAAUUAGUGCCUCAAAGGUUCAGGCCAUUUGUAUGAUACCAUUUUCUGUCAGGCUAAAGUCAAAUGGAAAGACUGGAUUCUCCAGCCCCUGCUUGGGGAAAGGACAUGUGAAGUAAGGGGAGUUGCUGACCAGCAAAGAAGAGAGAAACUGAAAAAGAAGAUAGCCAGGUGUGAAGAAGAAAUGAGCGUGGGUAAAACUGCCUCCCGAUCCAGCUCAAGAGGGAGUGGAAGGCUGCUGCCAUCCCCUUUUGGAAAGAGUUUCUUGGAAGCAGAAGAGAAAGAUGGUCUCUUCCCCUGUGCUCGGCAGGCACGGUACCUAUCAAGAGCAUUGUCUCCUUACGGCGAGCAUGGCUUGGUGUGCUCCAGUCCAAUAAAAUAUGCCAGAAGAGAUUGUCGGAAUACAUUUAAUGCAUCUAACUCAAACUCAAGUGUCAGUACAUCGAGUACACCAAGAAAAUGCUCUGGACUUCCAUGCAGUUGCUCCACUGAUAGUUUUGUGAGCGUUAGUCAUUCCCAGAGGCGUCAAGGAAGCAACUCCAAAAUACGCAGUGGGGAUCUUCUAGACAGGCACUCUGAAUUCUUCACUGAUAGCCGAAAACCUUUUACUCCACGCACCUUAAUAUCAGAUGCUAAAUCUUUCCUGUCAGAGUACAGGUAUUACACUCCUGGUCGAAGGAAAAGGAAAAAUCACUGCAAGCAGCAUGUGGAAGCUCAAACACAGACUGAUGAGAUCAGCUUUCCAUCUGCUGACAAAGCGUCUGAGAGAACAGUCAUUACUGAACAGCAGAAGAUCCCGUUGAAGGCUGAAGAUAGAAGAUACACUGUGGAUGAGCCUCAGAGAGGAAUAGCUGCUUGUCCAUACUCCUUUCUAAGAGAGACGUCAUUGUAUUCUCAGCAGCCUUCAGCAAGGAGGACAAUCGAGUCUGAAGAAGAAGAGCUUUUAUAUUUAGCUUUCAUUGAAGAUGUAACAAAUGAAAUUCUUAGCCUUGGGCUAUUUUCUAACAGAGUUUUGGAACAACUGUUUGAGUGUCAUAUACAAGAAAAUAAGAACCGUUUGGAUGAGAACAAAAUGCGCCACUUCUUGGAUGUACUGAAAGCAGACCUCGGCUGCAGCCCAGGCAGCAGUGCGGAGCAAAUCCAUGCAGGCUGGGAAGCCUUGGACUCACUGGAUCUGCAAGAGUUUGAUACAAUGGAAGAGCUCGAGUUUACCAGUAAAAGUCAGAGGCAGACAAAAGCUACAAAAAGCGAAGAAUUCUUUGGGACCAUGGACUUACUAAAGGAACGAAAAAAAUGUGAAUCACCAAUAUGCAGAGAAAGUUCAAUGGAGACACAGAGCAAGGAUGACUUUUCAGAAGAUGUCGCUAAAAUGAUGGAUGCUGGGACAGAAUUUGAUUCUUGCGUGAAAUCUGAAGACCAAGACACUUCACCCUCACGUGAGGCAACUUUAAACUUGAUUACUUGUGACAGUGAUUUGGAAGCCAACAAGGAACUUGAUGAUCUUGAGGAAAGCUUUGCAGAGGCCCUUCAGAUCUCACAUGACUAUUCAUAAUAGUAGUCAAAACUUGGCUGUUAAAUAAGGAUAGAGCUAGUUCUGUGGAGAACUGCCAUAUUUUAAAUAGUAGUAAAUUAUUUGUUUUAUUUUCAGUUUAUUUCUGUUUAAAUACUGCUAAAAUCUCCCUAGCAGGAUGUUGUUAAUUUCUGUAUUAAUGUAGACUCUUAAGGGUAAAGUGUCAGUUAUCAAAAAAUUUUGUAUAUUUUUGUCUAUAAUUGUAUAACUCAGAACUAACUUUUGAGAAUAUUGAAAUUAGAUGUAUAUUUUUAGAAAGCUCUAAUAGUAAGUUAUGAAAUAUUUAUUGAUUUUAUUUAUAAUAAAUACAUUAAUUGCUAGU